GGUCUGCAGACAGUGUACGGAAAGCUCCUCGAGUUUGUGCCACAUCACUGCCGACUGCUCCGAGAAGUGACCGGGGGUGCCAUUUCGAGUGAUAAAGCUGAUAUAGUUCCAGGGUAUGACUUCAUGGUGAACUCGGUUUGGCCAGAAAUUGUAAAAGCUCUGGAGGAGCGGCUCCCCUCUCUCUUCAAUCCGGGGAACCCUGAUGCUUUUUACGAGAAAUACAGCGUCAGCAUGGAGUUUGUGCGGAAAUUCGAGCGUCAGUGUGGCUCUCAGGCCAGUGUGAAGAGGCUGCGAGCACACCCUUCAUACCAGAGCUUUCACAAUAAGUGGAACCUGCCCGUCUACUUCCAGCUCAGGUUUAAGGAGAUCGCGGGGAGCCUGGAGUCUGCAAUGUCAGAAGGCCUUCAAGAAGCACCAUCUGGAGGCCCGUAUCGCCUGCUGGCCUCCCAGGUCCUGUGGACCAGCCUGCUGAAGUGCUGGGCGGAAAGGGUCUACCUGCCCCUGCUGGCCCACCGCUUCUGGAAGCUCACCCUUCAGCUGCUGUCCCGGUACUCGACGUUCCUGGGCGAGGCGCUGAAUAAGACUGCGGUCACAGAAGCCCAUAAGGACACGGCAAAGCCCCUGAGCAGCUCGGCUUCCUCCUCCAGCUUGACCUCCCAGGAGGACUCGGGGAGCGAGGCCAGCACUACAACAGCACUGUCUGCCCAGCAGCUGGUGUCCAUAGUGGCUGACGUGGAUAAGCUGCAGGACCAGAUUCCACAGCUUUCAGAAAUGAUUAAACACCGACUGGAGCUCAUUGGGUUCACUAACUUUGAAAUCCUCUCAGAUUCCUUGGCAGACGCACGAACAUCUUUGUCAGGCUGCAUUCCGAUUCUCAACAGCAGAGUGACUCAACACUUGAGCGACAGUUGCUAUGGUUAUCUGAAAAGUGCGGCCGAAGUCCCAAGGUUGUACCGCAGAACAAACAAGGAAGUAUCCACAAAAGCAUCUCCCUAUGUGGAUAGUGCCCUGAAGCCCCUUCACCAGCUCCAGAGUGAUUAUAAAGAUGUGCUGAAGCCCUCCAUCAUUCAGGACUGGUUCCGCGUUGCCCUCUCUGACAGCACUCGCAGGUACUACGAAACGGUGGCCGAAGUUUUAAGCUCCGUGAAGAAAAUGGAGGAGAGUCUGAAGAGGCUGAAGCAAGCUAGGAAGACCAUCACUGCAAGUGUUCCUGAGACAAAUGGAGGCCUCACAGAUGACGGCAAGAUCCGGCUUCAAUUGGCCCUGGAUGUGGAAUAUUUUGGGGAACAGAUCCAGAAGAUGGGUUUGCAGACCAGCGAUAUUAGUCUGUUUUCCUCCCUUCUGGAUUUGGUGCAAGGUGCGAGAGAUCGGGCUUCAUCGCAGCAGCCCUGAGGAGACGGCGCCCUCUUCGGUCUCCACCGCGCUGUGGGGUUGGAGGAGGCGUUGCUGUGGUGUGGAUGACGCUGAGAAGGACGUGCAGACUUUUCGGUUGCUCCUGCCUUUGUCACAGUCGUGGGCGAUAGACGUUUUACACAUGUAGCUAAGUCAUUUGGGAGGUGGUGGUGGAAAGUGGGGAGGCUUUUGAAAAGCAAACAAUCUGUAAAAAUAAUUAUUGUAUAUUUGAAAAAGUAUAAUCGCGUGAAUAAAACCUUUACAGCACCAGUGUGUUUCGCACUGCUUGUUCAAGAAGAUGGGCUGGUUUUGUCAACGUCGAAAUGUCAAACAGAAUUGGAAAAGCAGGUCAUGACGUCCGGGUAGAUCCGUAGGUUCCAGGUGUAUGUUUUUUUUAUUUUGGUUUCUGCAUCUUAUUCGGUACCUUAUCGUUUGCCACCUUCUAUGGUUUUUCUGGAUUCUGAGAAAUUGUUUUGAAACAACGUGUCUUUUUUUAUGGGAUUGAUUUUUCUAGUUUUGGUUUGUUUUCAUCUCGUUGUGAACAUGUGUGGUAACAGAUGCCUACAGUAUGUUAAAAACAGUGAUUCUUGAGAGUUUCGUUCAUAAAACAGCAAACCGCAUGAAAUCUUUUCAAUCCACAUCUUGCAUCCAGAUGUGCAGGAGUACCCUAGUUGCUUUAACUUGCUUGAUAUUUGUUUUACAUUUCUAUUCAAAGGUUUAUAGUCUAUUAUCCUUCCUUUAGUUGUCACUUGUAGUGCCAUAUCUGUUACUGAGUUUCACACACUUUACCUGUUCUCUCAGUGUAGUGCUGUCUCCUUAGGCAAUUGGAAAAAGCAAGCAGAUCUGCAGUAGUACUCAGAUCUGCUUUAUAAAAACGCACUCAUAGCUUUGCCCGAGUCAGCCUGGUGCCUAACCACAGAAGGAAGUAUUUGAAGUUUAGCUGUCCUGGUCAGUAAGCCAGCCACUUCAUUAAUGAUUUGAUGGAUGUUAUGAACUCAUUUUAGUUUUCUCUAGGAAGUAAUAAUGCUAUUACACGUAUAAUUGUUUUUAGUCCAUGGUCAUGCUCUUGAUUUAAAAUGUUGCUUGUGUCCUUGGAGACAAAACAUCCUCCACAGAGGCAUUUCAAACUUUAUUACCAUUCAAAAUGCUAUAAAAUAAGCAUCAUUGCUCAGGAGUUGAAGCUAUGGAAACAUACGUAGUUUUGUGUGUAGUACACUAAACAGUUCAGCUAGGUUAGACAGUACAAAAGGGCUUUUCUCCUGAAAUAAAUGGAAUAUUUAAGUCCGAGGAGUUUAGUCAUCAACUACUGUGGAGUGCAGAUAUUGUGUUGCUGUUUUGGUAAAUGAAAUAUAAAUCUGUAGGAAAACCACCAUGACCCAGGACAAUACAGCUGACCGUUUAUACAGAGUCCUCAGUCUUGGAUCAGUCAAAGGUCCUGUUUAUUCACUGUGGUCAAAUACCAACCACACAGUGAAUGAACCACAAUUGUAACAGAUUGUCUUGCCUGUUUCUUUUUUCAAUUAAAAUACAAGUCAAUAAUCUCAAAAGUUUUAAAAUAAAAUAUUUAUUGAAUCCA